CCCUCGUCUCUCUUUUUAUUUUCCCUGUCCGUCUCUCUCUCUCUCUUUCUCUCUCUCUGUCUCCCCGUCUCCGUCUCGCUGGUCGCGGGGUGUUUAGUUCUAAAGCAGGUUGUCAUGGCUCUGAGUUCGGGGGUUUGGCCUCCGGUGUUUCCGGCUCCCGGGCUGCAGCAGGGCUCAGGCUUGGGCUCAGGCUGCGGCACGGUGCUGAUGUCGGUGCGCGUGUCGGUGUCCCGGGCGACGCUGCGAGCUCUGCGGCCGCUCCGCCCUCCGGUGUCCGGUGAGGACGACGCGGCUCUCCGCCUGCAGCUCAGCAUGGACCCGAACCGGCCCGGAGACUUCCGCCUGACGCUCAGGGACUCCGGCAGUAACGGCAGGAUCACGUCUCUGGCAGAGUUCGAGCUGCGUGCAGUGAAGUAUGAGAUUAAGUCACCUCGCUGCCACGAGCUGUGCGUCAUCAAGCCACCACACGACACGCUGACCUUUACCUUCCGCAGCGAGCAGGAAGCCCAGGAGUGGGCCACAGUCAUGAUAUCAUCGCUGAGGGAAGCCCACAGAGUGGCAGGCGUCCCCUCUCAGCCCACUGACGACUCGGGAAACUAUCUACAGCCUGUGGAGCAGAGCACAACCUUGUCUUUAUCAGCUAAAGAGGAGCUAUGUGCAGAACUGGCCAGAGCCAUCGAGGCUGGAGACGCUCAUGCAGCAGUGCAGCACGCCACAUCACUGGCACGGCAACAGAUGGCGCUCACUAUCCAGCCGGCACGAAAAGACUCUGAAGACGCAGAGAUCAGCUUAGCAGUUGCGGUCGAAGAUGCCACGUCGUCCUGUUGCGUCACGGUUAAAAUCCUCUCCCACAUGACUGUGGCGUCUCUCAAGCAGCAGAUGUUCGCCGAAUACGGUUUCCACCCGCGAGUACAGCGCUGGGUUAUAGGUCAGUGUUUGUGCUCCGAGCAGCGUUCCCUGGCGUCGUACGGCGUGUGUCGAGACGGAGACACAGCGUUUCUCUACCUCCUCUCAGCGCGCCACGCCCGCCUCAGCCGUCUACAGUGCCAGCAGGACCAGGAGAGCGCCCUCCUAACACCCGCGCCCAAGCCGCCACCCACCCCGCAACCAGCCAGUCACGACUGGAGAGGAUACAGCACCCUGCCACCUCGUCUCCAUCACUCCAACACAGGAACCGGUGGGAGCGGAGCCGGGAAGCACAGCAUCGGUGACAUCAUGAACCUGGACAGACUGCAGCUGGCUGGACCCGGAGUGAGACCAACAAACCCGCAGCUGGGUUGGUCGUGUCCUUCCUGCACGUUCAUAAACAAGUCGACGAGGCCCGGCUGUGAAAUCUGCAGUACAGAACGACCCACUCGACCAGACCUCAGCGCGUCUGAGGAGGUGGCUCUUCUCCUAUAAGAGCUCUCCGACCCACACUGUGAACUUUUUCAGCCAUAAGCAGGCCAGUAUAGACAUGGAAAAGACACACCCAUGUGCACACAUUCAGCUGGCACACGAUUCAUCGUGCUGAGUGAGGACUGAAUGCGAGGUGAGAAAACUCGUCCCUGAACUCCCCGACCUAGCUAGGAAUCUCUAGUGCAUGCCAUGUGCUACGUCGUUGUUUCCAAGCCACCGUCGCUCCGAGACGUUCCGGUCACGCCUGAGCCGAGAGGAGAUGAAGACGACGAGGAUGAAACUUCACGGUAGAGAUCAUCAACCAUCAGCUUCUUUGCUGUGCUUCAAGCGCAUCGUUUAGUGUUUUUACACAGAACCAGCGGAUUGAAUUUUUCUUUAAAGUACCCCUGAACGUUUUUUUUUUUUUUAAUGAAUUUUUUUUGUAGCAAGCAAUAAACGCAGAAAAACACAGGUGACAUGCUGUUUUUACCAACAUGUGCUUGAUUGUUUUCCAUUCACACCACAUUUAGAGCUGUGAAGUGUCUGUAAACAAAGUCACACCAAACCCGAAAACUCCUCUGUCCGGUAGCGGAAAAUUCCCGUAAGUCACGUGGAACGCGCACUCCUCAGGUCCCUGUUCUGGUUGUUACUAUGGUAAUGGCGAUUUAUAAGAGAGCACAUUGAAUAAAUGUGUGACUGUUCUGUCAGACCUAUACGGUUAAACAAGAUUUAUUGAUAACCGUAUGGCAAGUUAGCAGCGCUGUAGACCAAAUAAGCCCUGAUAUCUGAUAUGCAAGUGAUUUUGCUAAAUGAAUCGAAGAGAAUAUAAAACUCGGACACAAUGAGACUCAGAUACUGAAAUCCCUUUUUAGCAAAUGGUAAAACAAGAAGAAAGUGCUUAUAAUAUUGUGUUAAAAUUAAUUUUAAAAGGAUUCACAAUAGUUUUCAUGAAUGAGUGUGUCUAAAGGAUUGAGGUACAAUUUAAAGAGUAGUACUGACAAAGGGGGGAGGAGAUGCUAGCUCAUAAAAUCUUAACUCAUUUAUACUAUGGCCUGUUCAGGGAUACUUUAAAUGUAAUGUAAGACAUACAGGCGGUAAAGUCAUCGAUUCAUUUGUAAAUAUGUCACUCAUAACCUCGUCUUCACCACAGCCGAGAAUCAAAUCCCUAUCCGAGUGUUUUUUUUUUUCAGUUUAUUUAAGGUUUUACACUAAUUAAGAUUGUGGUAGAAUUUUUUUUUAAAGGAUUCACUGCUGAUGCAAGCUACACUUUACGAGUGUAACGGUUUCCUUAAAGCUUAACUUGCAAAAUUAGAGCAUGUUUGCAGGAUUCCUGCAGUGCGAAUUGUAAUGAGAUGGAAAUCCUACUUGCAUCUUGAUUAUUGACUUGGAUUGUGCUUCUGUUCUUUUGUUUUGUAUUGUUUUAUCUUCCAUGAAACUGUUAUUGCAGAUAGUUACUGGACCUCAGUUAGUUGUUGUUAAAAAUGAUAAGUCAAGGUCAGGAGCCUGAUGUAGCAGCUCAGUCAAAUGCUUUUCACCAGACAUGCAGUAAAUAGCAUAAAAAAAAAAAAACGAAUCCUGCUGAAAAUAUGAUUUACACGAAUCCAAAGCCUGUUUAUCAAUAUGUUGUCAGAGUUUUUACUUGUGCCACACAAGCUCAUGAUUGUAAAUGGUUGCAUUUAUUAUAUAAUUUGAGUAAGUUAUAUUUGGUGUUUAUUUUAUGAACAAUAAAAUUUAAAUGAGAACAAA